GAAGAAGACAAGCAGGGCAGCUCGGUUUUCACAUUCCUCGGCCAGAAUUAAAAUCCCCUUUGGUAGUCGGUCGAUCAAUCAGUCGGUCAGUCUAUCGAAACCCAGCAAGAAGACUACAAUUUUUCCCACGUUCUCACGCCACCUUGUUCCAUUACGGCUCAAGAAAUCUUGACGGGUCAAUAUAUACGACAGGGAGAGAAAAGAUCCGACCUUCUGAUCUGGGUCGGCGUCAGGCUCGGAUUCUCUCAUCUGGGUCGGUGGGGAUCAUCGUCGUCGUCGUCGUCAAGCAUCGGCAUGAGGAAGAGGGAGAGAGAGAACCCGUGCGGGGUCUGCGGACACUACCACAAGUACGAGGAGGGCGAGGUCUGCGAGACUUGCGGUCACCGGAUGCUGGCCACAUCCGAGAAGGCCUCCGUUCACUUCAGCGCCUUCCCUUCUGAGAUUCUGCCGCAGUUCCUCUACCUCGGGAGCUACGACAACGCGUCUCGGUCGGAGCUCCUCAAGACUCAAGGGAUUUCCCGUGUCCUCAAUACAGUUCCUGCAUGUCAAAAUCUUUACAAGAAUUCCUUCACCUAUCACUGCCUGCAAGAUGACAAAAGUUUAUCAUUUGAUGACGCCAACCAGUUUUUAGAAAAUUGUGAGAGAGACAAGGCCCGUGUUCUCGUGCAUUGCAUGUCUGGAAAAAGCAGGUCACCAGCUAUCGUAAUUGCGUAUCUGAUGAAGUCAAAAGGGUGGAGGCUCGAGCGGAGUCAUCAGUGGGUGAAGGAGCGGAGACCCUCUAUUGACUUGGCUGAAGCCGUGUAUCAGCAACUGCAGGAAUAUGAGAGGAAGCUCUUUGGGUCCACGGAUGGCCCGGACUCUUCUACCCCGGUCUUCCCUUCUCUGGACGUGCAACCAUUCAGCUUCGGCUUCCCAAAGACGGACGAUCAGGUCCCAAUGCCCGCCUUCAACAACAUCGCUGCCACCUCCAUUUUCUCCCGACCAAACUUUGAAGGUCCGCCUCAGGAGUUCACUUUUGGAGCGGGGUUGUCCCAGAACAACAACACUUGCCAUAAUUCAAAUAGCAGCAGCGAUGUACAGAUGGACAGCUCUUGAUAUUUCUGUCUUCUUUGUCCUUCUUACUCUGCACAAACAAGCGGCUCCCCGAAGUCCGAUUUAGAUUUAACCGGUGAAGUUUUCUCGAUCUGAUCUUCUGAUGUAAAGGAGGAAUGAAGAAGUGAAACUUUCUGGUUUUACCGUGGGAAGGUUGACCUUUUCUUUUCACUUUCUCAUCGACGCUUUGUACCAUAUGGUUGAUUUUUUUCUUCUCUCUCAUCCUCACAAUAAUAUUACUACUCACAAUAAUAUUACUA